UCAGCGCAGUAACGAUAAAAGCAAAAGGUCCUCCGCAGAACAUUACUCUAACUCGAACCAACUUACUGCUAGGAAAAAAGCUUUAGAAAGUUUCGAGCAGUGAUUGUAUACGAGUACGUAUAGUGCAUUGUGUGAAAAUUACCAACUUUUAUUAUAUUAUCUCAUCUGUUGAAUGUUUACACGAGUAUAUAAAAUAAACAACAAUCGCUUAUAGUUUUCUCGUCCAAUUCAACUGCCAUCGGAAUACUUGCUGCGUAAAUAUGGAUGCUGCGGAGUUUAAAGAUUUCGCCUCGAGCAUGAUCGAUUAUAUUAGUAAUUAUUUGGAGACAAUCAGAGAAAGACGAGUCUUACCAGAAGUGAAACCAGGCUACCUCGCCCCUCUGAUCCCAGAAACAGCUCCACAAAAGGGUGAAAAAUGGGAAAACAUAAUGAACGACAUCGAACGUGUCAUAAUGCCCGGUGUAACUCAUUGGCAUUCCCCUAAAUUCCACGCUUACUUCCCAACAGCCAAUUCGUACCCGGCUUUGGUGGCUGAUAUGUUGAGCGAUGCGAUCGCUUGUAUAGGAUUUUCUUGGAUCGCCAGUCCUGCAUGUACAGAAUUGGAGGUCGUUAUGAUGGACUGGCUGGCGAAAAUGUUGGGUCUACCGAAACAAUUCUUAUCCGGUGGCAAAGGAGGAGGUGUCAUCCAGGGGACCGCCAGCGAAGCUGUACUCGUUUCCUUAUUAGGAGCUAAAGCUAGAAUAAUUCGAGAAAUGAAAGAAAAAGAUAAAAAUUUAAAGGAUUGGGAUAUUAUUCCUAAACUAGUCGGAUACUCUUCAGCUCAAGCACACUCAUCGGUAGAGAGGGGUGGUUUGCUGGGAGGUAUUCAAUGGAGACUACUGCCAACAGAUGAUAAUUAUAGACUACGAGGAUCCACACUCGAGGAAGCUUUCAAAGCUGAUCGUGAAAAAGGGCUUAUUCCAUUUUUUGCUGUAUGUACUCUGGGAACCACUAGCAUUUGUUCUUUUGAUAGACUAGACGAAAUCGGACCUGUUUGCGAGAGAAAUAAAAUUUGGUUACAUAUUGACGCUGCUUAUGCUGGUUCAUCUUUCGUGUGUCCUGAAUACAGGCAUUAUAUGAAAGGCAUCGAAUAUGCUGAUUCGUUCAAUUUCAAUCCUCAUAAAUGGAUGUUGGUCACGUUCGAUUGUUCAGCUUUAUGGUUGAAAGACUCUGGCGAUAUAGUAGAUGCCUUCAACGUAGAUCCCUUAUAUUUGAAACACGAGAACCAAGGAGCAGCUCCAGAUUACAGACAUUGGCAAAUACCACUAGGAAGAAGAUUUAGAUCACUGAAGUUAUGGUUCGUAAUGAGAAUAUACGGAGUGGAAAAUAUCCAGGCUCAUAUUAGGAAUCAAAUCGGUCACGCUCAAACGUUUGCAGAUUACGUUCGUAGUGAUUCGAGAUUCGAAAUUGUAGGAGAUGUUACCAUGGGUUUGGUUUGCUUCAGAUUAAAGGGAUCGAACAAACUGAACGAAGAUUUCCUCAGCGCAAUCAACCACAAUGGAAAAAUUUACCUGGUUCCGUCCAAAAUCAACGACAUGUAUUUCUUACGAUUCGCAGUAUGCUCAAGAUACACUCAGUCACCAGAUAUACGGUAUUCGUGGCAAGAAAUCAAAUCCAUAGCUAAUCAAAUUCUCGAAGGAUCUACAGCUACGGUCAAAGUAAACGGAGUCAAUGGAAUCUCCAACAAUGUUAAUGGAGUUAACGGUAUCGUCAACAACGUGAAUGGAAAUAAUGAAGUAAACGGUGCAACUAACGUUAACGGAGUAAACGGAGUAAACGGAGUAAAUGGAGUAAAUGGAGUUAAUUCGGCUAUACCGAAAGUAAACGGAGUUAAUGGGAUGAGUGGAAAAGCUUGAUGAAUAAAUGCCUGAAAAAAAUUUAGUACUAUAGAAUUUCCUACGCUUUAAUUUGACUUUGACAUAAACAUUUGCCCAAAAAAUAUCGAAUUAGAACUAUAGUGAAUGACUUGGGCAUUGAUUUUAGCUGUUUACUCUCCUUUCUCUUCCCCUCAGCUGCCAUAAAUUAAUGCUUCCAAAUUGAAAAAAACAAAAUCGUUAUCAGCUUAGUGUCUAUUUAAUUAAUGGUGAUCCUCAAAAAUGAGUUGGAAUAUCAAACAAAAUUUAAUUUAUAAAAUUAUUGCUGGUAAUUUUACGAGUGUUAUAUUUUAUACUUACAUAACUUGAAUUCUGAUAUACCUACUCGUAGUGUGUAGCCUACUUCUAUGCUUAUAAAUAAGUAAUUUUCUCACGUAAAUAUUUAAAUCUGAAAGCUUCCUAAAAAUGUGCCCUUAAUUCCUAUUUUUUAUUUUAUGGACCAAAAAUCAUACAUAUUAUGCUUAUAAUCUAUGUAUUUAUUUUAUAUUUACAUUUUACAUUGUAUACUCGUUCGCUUUAUUUCCAUUGUUACCUUUUAAAUGUAGAAAAAGUAAGUUUAUUCUCUUUGGAGGAAUAUUUCAUUUCUCGUGUAAUUUGAUUUAUGUAUUGAUAUUUUUAUUGUAUUUUUUUUUGCCAAAUUUUUAAUCUAUUUGCCUGCAUUCUUGUCUCACUUAGAGCAGGCUGAAGAGAAGAAAAAAUUCAUGAUCAUAAAUGACAAUAAAAAAAGACUUCUCGACCAAGUUUUUAAUUUAGUAAUAAUUUGGGAACAAUCAUUUUAAAAAAGUUUAUUUAUUAUAAGUAUUAGAUUGGUAGAUUUUAUUUUUUAUGGACCAUGAAGCUGGGACAAUAAAGUAUUAUAAGUUUUUAUCGAAGACUGUGACGUUGUUUUCUCUUCUAUAAUUUAUUGCAUGUACGUAUAUCUAACUACCUGUACUUUGAAGUUGGUAGGUAAGGUAUUAUUUUAUUUAUAAUAAUUUAUGUAAUUUGACAAUAUUUAAUUUAAUAAAUACCUAAGUAAGCUACCUGAAUUCAAUGUAGGUAGAUACGGAUAAUUUAGAUGGGCCUAAAUAUUAUAUGUAUAGGUAAACAUUCAAUCAUUAUUGUAUUUACUCAUUUUCCAUUUUAAAGUAAAAUAGUGGUUUUAUCACUGAAAUUUUUAGAUAAUAAUUAUUAUAGGUAUUACUUUUUUGAGCUUUAGCUAUUCGAGCCUAUUUAUGACCAAUUUUUAUGUUACGGUCUUUUUGCUUGUUUAAAGUAAAAUUCUAAGACUUAUUAUACGACUGAAUUGAUCCCUAUUAAGACAAUAAUAUUAUAAUUGUAUUAUUUAUGAAAAUAAAUGUGAGAGCAAUUGCAA